GGUGGAUCCAUUAGAUAUACGGAUUCAAGUCCAGUCUCUGAACAACGUUGCCAGAGACAACAAGCAAAACUGUUUUCCUCUGUGUGCGUUACGAUAUUCUUCUUCGAUCUCACUCUUCCGCUCGCCCAUCUCCCCGAAUCUUUCGUUCUCGAAAGUUCUAGUAGCUGGACAGACCAGUAGCGGAGCAUUAAAGCUCCCAUUGAAAAGGAGCUCCACGUUCGCUGCUCUGCUCUCCAACGACAUGUUUUGCCCAUGCCAGACUUGGGUCGGGCCCCACGUUAGCUGCUCAAGUCCGAAACAGACAUCGUGAGACGAAAAGCGAGAAACAAAUUGAAAUCUACUUGAGGAAUGCUGCUUGAUUUUAUUCAAAAACCGCCUUGUCAUAUAAUGAAGUGACUGUUUCAAGUCGAGAGUAGUGAAUGAUGAGAUGCGGUAGAGGUGGAACUGCUUAAAAUGAUCCAAUGUGGACAGUUCCAACGACCUGAAAGAAAAAGAAGAAGGGUGUUUUGGCAUUUAUAUCUUCUAAAUGAUAAAAAAAAAAGUCCUUUGGUGCAAACGCAACUGUGGAUUAGUUCAAUGAAGCUAAAUUGGUUCAGAGACUCGUUCAUUUUCCAUUACAAGAAUAAGCAAAUCACGGCCAUCGGAUCAAGCAGCCGGAGAGUAGACAGUUACUUGCUUAGGAUUUUGGAAUCAACAGCAGGCAAAUAAUUGUUGACAGCAACUUGCACUCCCAGAGCUUCCACUUAUGAAGUAGACCUUGAUGUUUGUUCCGCUAUCCCUAGAAAAAUAUAGGCCUUGAUGCCAAAGCUUGGAGACAGUGGAAGCACACAACAGAACACGUCUAUGGCUGUCCUUGAGCUAUACUAGAUUUUUUUUUUUCAAUUUUCCUGUUACUGUAGAAAAUAAUGUCGAUUCUUUACCAGAGACAACAGCAGCAACAGCAACCUCUAGUUGACUCAUUGCCCCUUUCACCUCGUCAACCAAAUAUUAACCAGCGACCUUCCUCUUUAUUCAGCACACUUGGGCUUUCUCUCACAUUGUUGACCUUUAUUGUAUUGCUCGUAUUUUUCUAUCCGUGGGUUGGUAGUUCAGGGAGCCUGUUUUCAAGUGGUGAGUCUCUUUCGAAAUGGAGGGAUUAUACAUUAUCUGAAGCUGCGGCAUUUGUAGCAAAGGAUGGUACUGUGAUAGUUUGUGCAGUUAGUCAACCAUAUUUACCUUUUCUAAAUAACUGGCUCAUCAGUAUCACCAAGCAGAAGCAUGAGGAGAAGGUACUGGUUAUUGCUGAGGAUUAUGCAACACUUUACAAGGUGAAUCAGAAAUGGCCUGGACAUGCUGUCUUGAUCCCUCCUGCACCUGAUGCUCAGACAGCUCAUAAAUUUGGAUCACAGGGGUUCUUCAAUUUCACAUCCCGCAGGCCUCGCCACUUGCUAGAUAUUUUGGAGCUUGGCUAUAAUGUGAUGUACAAUGAUGUUGACAUGGUCUGGUUGAAGGACCCAUUCCCCUUUUUCAAGGGGAAUCAUGAUGUUUAUUUCACUGAUGACAUGGCCAUGGUAAAACCUUUGGAUCAUCCUCACACUUUACCAGCACCUGGUAAAAAAGGGCGCACUUACAUCUGUAGUUGCAUGAUAUUCUUGAGGCCUACAAUUGGAGCUAAGAAAGUGAUGAAGAAGUGGAUUGAAGAACUCCAAAUUCAGCCUUGGACAAGCAAAAAGAAAACUAAUGACCAGCCUGCCUUCAACUGGGCUCUAAAUAAAACUGCUGGAGAGGUUGAUCUCUACCUGCUGCCCCAAGUUGCAUUCCCAUCAGGUGGCCUGUAUUUCAAGAAUGAGACCUGGGUUCAGCAAACCAAAGGGAAGCAUGUCAUUAUUCACAACAACUACAUCACUGGUUUUGAGAAGAAAAUAAAGCGGUUUCGUGAAUUUGGUCUCUGGUUGCUGGAUGAUCAUGCACACGAUUCACCACUCGGCAUAAUAUGAGAAGUGCACAUAUAGUCCUUUUUGGCCCUUGAUGCAUCUUGAUGCUACAAUUGCACCGGAUGAAUGACCUGCAGAAACUUUGGACUACAGUUCUUGAUGAUGGUGGCUUGCUGAUGCUUGUUCAGCCAAGUGGGUUAACUCUUCGAUCUGUAAUUUAAUAACAAAAAAGCUCUGCUAAUCUGGGUUUUGAGUUGGCCAAAUAACACAUGCUGCAUUUUACUAUUUUUUGUUUGAGGAAAGCCAAAUUUGUUUUAUUUUUAUGAUAAUUUGUUGUUCGGUGGUUCUUUCUUUGUCUUCCUUUUUUCCUUUUCUUUCCUCUUUUGUCAAUCAGAGGAGAAUUUUGAACUUUGAGUUGGAAUCUAUUGAGCAAUUUUUGUC